AUGUUCAUCAUCACUGGUCUCCAUUUGCCCCACGCCCUGUUUGUCAUCUCAUCAGCAGUCUCCAUUUGCUUUACGCCCUGUUUGUCAUCUCCUCACUGCCUGUGGUGCCAUUGCCUCUGCCACAUCUACUUUGCUACGGACAGUGCCAACUCUACAAAAUGCGACUGUGGCUGCCAGGACUCUUCCCUCACAUCCUCUCUCAUCAUGUCUGCUGGCUCAUGUGCUAUCAUUGCUGCCAUGCUUAGCCUGGGUGGUGGCCGCUGUGCUCAAGGUGGUCAGUCUACAACUUACUACUGCUAUUACAACACUGUGUUGCAGCCCACUAGAGUAUCCAAGAAAGGUGUACUCGCAGAACUUUGUGUAUACAGCCCAAAGGACAAUGUGGUGCUUCCUGAUGAUACAGUCGUGUUUGCCUACACCCAGAUUUAUUCCUUUCCUGGCAACCCUUCUGACAAUGACAACAAUAACAACCUCCCCGAGAUCUUGCCUUGCCUUUUUGCUACCGGCAUUGUCCGCUCUGUGCACGAUGUCACUGCUAUUGACAACAACAAAUGUGUCAUGCUGGAGAUUUCAGAUCACGUGCAAAAUGGAAAGAAGGGUUUUACCUUUGAGUAUGUUGUGCUUUUUGCUUCUCCUCUGAGCCUGUCUCAUCAUUAUAUAAGGGCCAAAUUCACUGGUGCCACUUCCCAGUGGAAUUGUGUUCCACUUCCUAGCUUGCAAUUGAAUGCACAGAUUGUCAGUAUUUUGUGCAAAGACUGCCAUUCUGAUGGCAUAGUGACCAUUGAGGCUGAAUCACUCACAAUCAAUGCGCUCCCUGCCGCUGCACCCACUCAAGUGCCUCCAUCCAAAAAGAGGAAGUACAAUGCAUACAUUGCUUCUGGGACCUCUCCAUCGUCCCCCACUGCAAGCACUUCGUCACUUGCAGGCCCAUCAGGUUCUUCUCAGUCAACAUUACCUGAACCUGGAUCCACUGCUGGCGAAGUGUCUCUGGCUGAGCAACAAGAGCCUGAACCUGGAUCUACUGCUGGCAAAGUGUCUCUGGCUGAGCAACAAGAGCCUGUUGCAAUGCUCCCUGGUGGUUCCAUGGAAGACACAACUGCUUCCAGCACAAAGGCUGCUGGUGAAAGGAAGGCCAGACAGUAA